AAAAAAAAAAAUGCUAUCCUUGAUCCUUCUACUACAAGCAUUACCAAAGAAAAGCUCUUGUAAAACUGCCACUUGGAAUUGGAAAACUCUGUCAUGUCAGAGACCACCAUUGCAGUAAAAAAAUUUCUUCUCAUCUUUCCCCCUUUUCUCAACCAAUAAAUUCAAUUUUUUUCAAAAGCAACCAUAAUUCUCACUAUAAACAAACUCACAAUCAAUAGCAUAAAGAAAAAGUUUCCCCUUUUCUCAUCAGAUUCCACAAAUCCAAUGUAAAAUUUUCAACAAAUCUUCAAUUUCAACAAAAACCCAUUAAAUUUUCAAUCUUAUUAUUUUGUCAAAGAAAUUGAAGAAAAUUUCUGGGUUAAGUUGAACCGAUUGAAUCAGGAACUGGGUAAUUCUCAAUUUACAAUGGAAAGUAAAAUUGAGAGAGAAAAUAGUGAGCAAAUGGUCAAUUAUUAUGCUGAAAAUACUGUAUUUGUUGCUGUGGGAAAGAAUUUCAAGGAGAGUGAAUCUGUGUUGACAUGGGCAGUAAAGAAAUUUGGUGGGAAGAAGAGAAUUUGCAUUCUUCAUGUUCAUCAACCUCACUUGCUCAGUUUUUUAGAUGGGAAGUUAUCAAUCAGCAAAUUCAAACAAAGAGCAGUCAAGGCACUCCAUGAAUCACAUAUGCAGAAACUCCAUAAACUCAUCAGUCAAUAUGUUUCUUUUGUUUCUCAAAUGGGGGUGCGUGCAGAUAGGAUGUGGAUAGAAAUGGAGACUGUUGAGGAUGGAAUAGUCAAGAUGAUUGCUCAGCAUGGUAUCAAAUGGCUAGUGAUGGGAGCAGCGGCAGACAAAAAUUACACAAAGGAAAUGGCUGACCUGAAGUCCAAAAAGGCAAAAUAUGUCUAUGAACAAGCCCUGGUUUCCUGUCACAUAUGGUUUAUUUGUAGGGGAAAGCUUAUCUGUACAAGGGAGGGUAUUAAAAACUAUCCUGGGAUGGAUAUGUCAGAAGCUGCUGAAUCACAAGAUUCUAAUAUGGCCACCAAAGAAACUGAAAAAAUAAGAUUAGGUGGUCCUGGUGCAGAAUAUCCCCCAAUUUCACAACCUCUAGAUUUGAGUGGUGUGGCUGGAGAAGUAGAACAUCUGAGAGUAGAUCGUCUCGUAGGUGGACUAUCAUUGGAUUCAGAUGUUUCAUCUGAGGGGUCUGUGUCAGAAUCUCUAGAAUCAGACGUGAUGACUGAAGAAGUAGCACGUGUCAGAGUUAACAAUCUUCCUGCCAGUACACAAGAUUCUAAUAUGGCCACCAAAGAAUCGGAGAAGAUAAGAUUAGGCUGUCCUGGUGCAGAAUACCCCCCAAUUUCACAACCACUAGAUUUUUGUGGCGUGAUUCUUCCGAGAGUAGAAGAUCGUCUCGUAGGUGGACUAUCAUUGGAUUCAGAUAUUUCAUCUGAAGAAUCCGAGUCAGAAUAUGUAGAAUCGGAUGCAAUGACUGAAGAAGAAGUAGAACGUGUUGGCGUAAAAGAAUCAGGGCCUGUGAGAAUGGAUUGUAUGGCUGAUGACCACGGAUCACCCCCGUGUCUGACAUUUCGGGAACGUGGCUCCAUCCUCCGAGCCUUUUCUGAUGAUUUCAGCUCUGAUAUGAAGAAGGAUACGAUGUUAAAAUCUCCAAACAAUUGUAGGACUACAAAUGAUUGCAUAGACAAAGAGAAAGAGGACCGUGGAUAUGAUAGCAAGUUGCAGUUGUUCAAAUUUCGUUCUUCAUUCAAAUCAUUGUCGUCUGAAGGCAAAAUGGCAGGAAAAGCUAAACUGCAAACACCGAGAGAAACCCAUGAUAGACUGGAACAAGCCAUUUCUGAUGCUGAAAACUUGAAACAGUUAGCGUUUGAGGAAUCAGUCAAGCGAUGGAAAGCUGAGGACGAAGCUGUUGAUGCUAAGAGAAAGGCUGAUGCUGCAAAAAGUAAAUAUAUUGAGAUGGUGAAACAAAGAAAAGCAAUGGAGGAAGCUUUGUUAAAAAGGAACCUAGAUUGUGGAAGAAUCAAAGAAGAAUAUGAGAAGUGUAAGAAAGAACUUCCAAAGGUCCAAGAUCAAUGUUUUGGCCUAAAAAGCCAGAUCACAGAAUCUGAAACUGCAGCUAAGGAGCUGGAGGAGAAAAUAAUUUCAGCUGUUGAGCUCUUGAUAUCUUUCAAAAAUCAGAGGGACCAGUUACAGCUGGAGCGUGAUAAGGCUGUCCUAGAACUGAAGAAUCUGGAGAAUUUGAAGCAACAGAGAACUGCAGCAUUGUCCGGCCUACAAUUUUCAAAAUUCUCCUUAGUGGAGAUUGGUGAAGCAACUUGCAGUUUUGACCCUUGUAAAAGAAUUGGAGAUGGGAGAUGUGGAAGCAUUUAUAGAGGUAUCCUUCGACAUGUAGAUGUUGCUAUAAGGAUGCUGCCAAAUGAUGGGUUCUUGAGCCAACAGAUGUUUGAACAUUGGGUUGAAAUUCUUAGCAGAAUACGGCAUCCAAACAUAGUGACACUUAUGGGGAUUUGUCCAGAAGCGCGUACUAUAAUAUAUGAGUACCUUAAAAGAGGUAGUUUGGAAGACCAACUAGCAUGCAGUGGGAAAACUCCGCCUCUGCAGUGGCAAACUCGAGUUCGCAUUGCAAUAGAACUGUGCUCUGCCCUGAUCUUCCUUCAUACAAAUAACCCUCCAAUUAUACAUGGGAAUUUAAAGCCCACUAAGGUCCUUCUUGAUGCCAAUUUUAAGAGCAAACUUGGUGACUUGGGCAUCUUCUUUUUGAUCCCACAAAAUGAGAUUCCUAUCAAAAGCCAACACUGUACCUCUCUGUAUAUUGACCCAGAGUUUCUUGAGACUGGAGUAGUUACUCGAGAAUCAGACAUAUAUUCAUUUGGGAUGAUACUUUUACGACUUUUAACUGGUAGAUCUUCUUCAGGAAUUGUGAAGGAUGUCAAAUGUGCCUUGCAGAAAGAUAAGCUUGAGUUUGUAUUGGAUUUUUCAGCUGGAGACUGGCCGAUUAAUCAAGCAAGAACACUGGCUCAAAUGGCACUACAGUGCUGUGAUAGAAAACCAUCAAAACGACCUGACCUAGCUUCGGAUAUCUGGAGUGUUCUUGAGCCAUUGAAAAAGUCAUGUGACACUCGAGCAUCAUGCUUGCAGAAGAAGGAAAACCGCCGGCCCCCCUCUCACUUCCUGUGUCCAAUUUAUCAGGAUGUUAUGAUGGAUCCGUGUACAGCAGAAGAUGGCUACACCUACGAAGGAGAAGCAAUAAGAGGAUGGUUAGACAGCGGCCAUACAACUUCACCCAUGACAAACCUGAAACUUUCAACCUGUGAUCUGAUCCCCAAUCACGCUCUUCAGUAUGCAAUCCAAGAAUGGCUGCAGGGCUCAUAAUUGUACAUUCUACACAUCUCUUGCCUUAAGGUUGCACAUAAUAUGGCUACAGGGUAUACUUCUGUAAUUCUUUUAUCUGUCAUACUUGGUCUAGUUAUGCAUACAUACUGUUGGAACCCAAGAAUGACCAAAUGCAUACUGUUGGAAGAUAUCUAAUGUUAGUAAUUAUAUUAUACUGGAGUAUCUAAAUUUACAUAAUAUAAUUACUAUCAUUAAGAUAUACUCCAACUUAUAGACGAUUUUAGCAAUAGUUACACUGAUAGUUAGAUAGCUCUGCAGUACAGUGAAGCUCUACUUAAGUUGGAUCAGUGUUAUAAGGGAUUAGGGGAUAACUAACAUUUACUCGUGUUCCCUUCAUGUGAUCAAGAGUUUUUAUCUUCUUUUUAAUCUAAUAAUUUUCUAAUAAUCCAUGAUACAAUAAGGUUUAUUGAUAUGAUUUA